AUGCCCUCGGGUGUUUCCACGCCGCUCAACCUGGAGCAGGAGGCUCCCGACCACCAAUUCAUCCAAGUGGAGACCCCAAAGGUGCUCCCAACACGGGGUAACCGUAAGCUCCAGUCGCACGAAGCGCCCAAGUUCACGCUGCAAUGGCGCAACCUCAACCUCAAGGCCACCGUCGAGAACCCCCAGUCCAAGCAGCUUGAAGACAAAAUCAUCCUCAGCAACGUCAGCGGCUCUGCUCGACCAGGCGAGCUGCUCGUCAUCAUGGGGCCCUCUGGAGCCGGCAAGAGCUCGCUCCUCGACUGCAUCUCCGGCCGCAACUCCGCCGUCGAAGGAGAGAUCGUGCUCAAUGGGCAGCCAUGGAGUGACGCCACCAAGCGACUCGCCUCCUACGUCAUGCAAGACGACCUCUUCUACCAGACCAUUACCGUCAAGGAGCACCUGGUGUUCCAGGCCAAGCUGCGUAUGGGGAGGACGUUCACGGAGCAGCAGUACAUGAAGCGCGUGGACGAAGUCAUGGAGGAGCUGGGACUCAUGAAGUGCCGCGACACACUGAUCGGUGGCGUCUCGCUGCGCGGCAUCUCCGGUGGUGAACGCAAGCGACUGUCGUUUGCGACGGAGAUCCUGACGAACCCGUCGAUUCUGUUCGUGGACGAGCCGACAUCGGGCUUGGACAGCUUCAUGGCGGAGACGGUGACAAUGCAACUACAGCAGAUCGCUCGGGACGGGCGCACAGUGAUCGCCACGAUCCACCAACCUUCGUCCGAGCUGUUCGCGCUGUUCGAUCAGCUGUACUUGCUGUCCGAUGGAGCUGCUGUCUACCACGGUAAGGCCUCCGAAUCGGUCGACUACUUCGCUUCGCUCGGGUAUCCGUGUCCUCCGCUGAUGAAUCCGACGGACUACUUCAUGCGUCAGCUGGUGGUCAUGGACAAAGCCACUGAUGAAGCUGGCGUAGCUCGCGUUGAAGGUUUGAAGCAGGAGUGGCUGAAGCACCAGUCGCUGCCACAGAUCGACCACGAGGACUUCCAUGGCGAAGGACGGGAGAGCGAGUGCCACUUCGAAGACUCUCGACUCGAGUGGAUCGGCCAGAUCGCAGUGCUCGUCCAGCGCAACGUGAUCCGCUUCGUCCGGGACAAGUUCGCGUUCCACGCCGCCAUCUUCCAGACGCUCUUCGUGUCGCUCGUCGUGAGUCUGAUCUUCCUGCAGCUCGAUCUGGACCAAGACGGCAUCCAGAACUUCACGGGCGGCUUCUUCUUCCUCGUGGUCAACCAGACGUUCGCGUCGGCCAACCCGGUCUUCAUCUCGGUGCCUAUGGAGCUGCCGAUCAUCAUCCGAGAGUACAAGGGUGGACUGUACCACCUCUUCUCGUGGUACUUCUCCAAGAACGUGAGCGAGUUCCCCAUGCAAGUGCUGCUGCCCAUUGUGUUCUUCGUGCCCGUGUACUUCCUGAUGGGGAUCGGCCACGGCUUCGACGUGUUCAUCUACCAGCAGAUCGUCAUGAUUCUGGUCAACAGUUGUGCGGUAGGACUGGGCUACAUGGUGUCCUGCCUCAGCCGCCGCGUCGACAUCGCCCCCAUCAUCGGCGUGGUGAUUAUUCUACCCUUCCUGCUCUUCGGGGGGCUGCUCAUCAACUCGGACGACUGCCCGGACUACUUCAUCUGGGUGCAGUACGUCUCGCCGAUCAAGUACGGCUUCGAGGCGCUGAUGAAGAUCUUCUGGCGCCAAGUGCCGUCCAUCUCCUGCGACGUGGACAACUGCACGGCAUUGACGGGCGACGACGUGCUCCAGAACUACAGCAUGGAGUCGCGCUCGGCGGUCGCUGACGGCGCCAUCUUGAUCGCCAUCAACCUGGCCUUCCGAGCCGUCGGCUUCCUCGGCCUAUGGCUCAACCUGCGCCGGCAGAAGUAAAGCUUUGCAUAGUAUUGCGUGACGUUGCUCACCAGUCCCACAGUUUAACAUGCCACAUGGCUACAUU